AUGCCCCAGUCGCCCGCACAUUUGCUCUUAAUCCCCCGCUCGCACCACAAAACUCUCCACACCCACCCACUCUCCUUGAGUGCGGCGGUGAUGGUGUGGUUGCCGCUUCUCGCCCGCGCCGCGACGAAGGUUGCCGGCGUCAGUGACUUUAAUGUUAUACUGAAUAACGGGGUGAGCGCAGGGCAGGUUGUUGAUCAUGUGCAUUGGCAUUUGGUACCUAGAGCUGGAAGGGAGGAGAGAGAGAGGAUGGAAAGGGGGGAGAGGAGGCAGUGGUGGGGGGCUGGGGAGGAGGGGUGGGGAUGGGAGAGGGGGCCGAAGGGGGUUAGAGGGGAUUUGAGCGAUGAGGAGGGCGAACGGAUUGCGGGAUUGAUUAGGGAGGAGUUGGGAAGG